AUGAACAUUUUAUGUUAUUAUCGUGAUUGCACAGAAGAAGAUGCUGCAAAAAUGUAUAAAGAGCACAUUAUUGAUAAAAUUCAAGAUCAAUUGGAAUUUAAUCAAUACUUUACACGUCAGUGGGACAUUCAUAAACAACAGUGGAUAGCCGCUGCCAGACCAAAUGAAUUAACCGUUGUGAAUAACGUUUCUGAAUCUUUAUUUAAAAAGAUAAAAUAUCACGAUUUUGGCUGCGUUAAAAAUCAAAGAAUUGAUGUUUUUGUCAAAAAUCUUUUAGAAGAAGUUGCACCCAAUUACUUUUAUCGUAUUAAAAACGAUUUACUUCAAACAGGUUUUAUUCCUUCAAUUAGAAUUCGCGAGCCUUGA